GGUAUUGUGAGAGUCACGGACUGCGGUUCGAAAUUGGAUCAGUCUUCGCCCUGCCUGGAGAAUUGCCUUGCCACAGGUACCGCUGUCACAGCAGUGGACGUGUCAGCUUUCAUAGUGGCAGUUGCCACCACAAAGACCGGUGUUGGCCCGUGGAUUCCACAUUCCGCAGUGGCUGUGUGACAUUGAAGUGCAUCAAAAGUUACGAGUUAGGCAGAAACAAAUAUACGGCGACGGUGAUCGAUAAAAAGUGUGCAGACUUGUAUGGCUCAUGUCACGACCUAGGCAGCAAGUUCAGCUACUUUGUAGAUGGCCGGGUGUACCAUAAAUGUACCUGCAUGGUAGAUGAUAGUGGCAUUACGGAAUACGAAUGCAAGAAUUAG